AUGGCAGCCAUCGGACGCGGCGCUCGCACAGGCGCGACGGCGUGGUGGCGUCUCGCUGCGCGGCCACAAGUCAGGAUAGGGCAAUGCUGGCGUAGCACGCGAGCCAGCAGCAGCAGCAGUGGCGGCGGCCCGAGCGAGGCCUCUCCUGCGCCGUCGCAGCCACUGCCGCCGCUCUUCGAUCUCUCCUCUGCGCCGGGUCCACGUCCGGGAGACGCCGCCGUGCUGGCAAUGUCCGGCGGCGUCGACUCGUCCGUUGCGGCGCUGUUGGCGCUGCAGCAAGGGCUGGUGCCGCGCCCGCUCUUCAUGCGCAACUGGAACGAGCUCGACGAGAGCGGCACGUUUGAGCCGGGCGCUGGAGGCGCCACGGGAUGCACGUGGAUGAAGGACUGGGAGGGCGUGCAGCAGACGUGUGCGGCGCUCGGCCUGGGAAGAGACUCGGCGGAACUUCUCGAUCUGUCCAAAGACUACUGGCUCUCCGUGUUUCAGCCGGCGCUCGAGGCAUGGGAGCGUGGCGAGACGCCGAACCCAGACGUCGGCUGCAAUCGCGAGAUCAAGUUCGGCGCCUUGAUGGAUCGUGUGCUGCCGGCACCGGCUGCGACAGCGCCCGAUGCAUUCGGACGUCGACCCGCGAAGACGUGGCUCGUUACCGGUCACUACGCUCGCGUCUCAUGGCGGCAAGCCGAUGGCGCAUGGCAGGCGCAGCUCUCGCGCGCUCGCGACAGGAACAAGGACCAGAGCUACUUUCUCAGCUCCGUCUCGCCCGAGCGGCUGGCGCAGGCGCAUUUCCCGCUAUCCGACCUGCUCAAGACCGAGGUGCGCGACAUUGCUCGGCGGUACCUUCUGCCUGCCGCCGAGAAGGAGGAGAGCAUGGGCCUGUGCUUCGUCGGCGAGCGUCCGCGCCCGGCCGACGCUGCUGCUGCUGUGAGACAGCCGCUGCCUCGCAACGUGCCGCCGGCCGUCAGUGGCGGAGCGUUCGGCGCGUUCCUCGCGUCGUACCUCACGCCCGUGCCUGGCCCCAUCCUCGACCCGGCAGGCAAGCAAGUCGGCACACACGCCGGUCUGCACAGCCUGACAGUCGGCCAGCGAGCUCGCGUGCCCGGUGCGCCAUCGGCCUGGUUCGUGGCGCGUAAGGAUGCGGCCUCGAAUGCCGUGCACGUCGUAGCAGGCGGCGACCACGCAGCGCUGUACGCCCGCUCGCUGCGCAUCGAGCGCAUGACGUGGCUCGGCCCGCCACGCACAGGCACGCUGCUGGCACAGGUGCGCCACCGCGGCGACGAGGUGGCGUGCGAGGUGCUGCCCGCCGGCGACGGCGUGCACGUGUGCUUCCCGACGCCUGUGCUGGCUGUGGCGCCCGGCCAGGUGUGUGCGCUGUACGAUGGCGACGUUUGUGUUGGCAGCGGCGUCAUCGCAACGGUGCAGACGCUGCAGCAGUGA